UCUACCGAAAAUUAUUAGACUCCAAAAUUGUAGUGAAACAACAAUGAGCCAUUCUCAUCAAAACAUUGGUUCUGGUAGUAGAAAUUCAAGGGGAUAUGAGUUUGGAAGGACUUAUGUUGUGAGGCCUAAGGGAAAGCACCAAGCUACUAUUGUUUGGUUGCAUGGUCUUGGAGACAAUGGCUCAAGCUCGUCUCAGCUCUUGGAGAGCCUGCCUCUUCCAAACAUAAAAUGGAUUUGCCCAACUGCUCCCUCGCGUCCUGUUUCGCUUCUAGGUGGAUUCCCUUGCACUGCCUGGUUCGACGUGGGUGAAAUUUCUGAGGAUCUUCAUGAUGAUAUCGAAGGAUUAGAUGCUUCAGCUGCUCAUAUUGCUAACCUCUUAUCAACCGAGCCAACAGAUGUCAAAGUUGGGAUAGGAGGUUUCAGUAUGGGAGCAGCAAUAGCUCUAUACUCAACUACGUGCUACGCUCUUGGACGUUAUGGAACAGGACAUCCUUAUACUAUAAACCUACGAGCUACUGUUGGUCUCAGUGGUUGGCUUCCUGGUUGGAGGAGCUUACGUAGCAAAAUAGAAAGUUCUAGUGAAGCUGCAAGGCGUGCUGCAUCGAUACCAGUUAUACUUGCACAUGGAACUUCGGAUGAUGUAGUUCCUUACAGGUUUGGAGAAAAAUCUGCGCAUUCACUUGCAAUGUCUGGAUUCAUACAAGUUGUGUUCAAGCCAUAUGAAGGGCUUGGUCACUACACGGUUCCUAAAGAAAUGGAAGAGGUCGUUCACUGGCUCGCCUCAAGGCUUGGUCUUGAUGGUUCACGCUGAACUCCAAAAGAAUCAAUUAGCUAUUUAUACAAUGUGUAGAAUAUAUUAUAUAUAUAAUAUGGGUGGGUUUCUUGGGGUAUACGGUAUUCAUUUUUUUGACUGUUUUGUGAUUUAUUUUUGAUUUUCUGCUCUUUGAUUCUUGGUUAUGAAUAAUGAAAUAAAGGCUCUUCAAUACAUCAAGGUCUUGAUCAUACCAGAUCCAAAGAUUUUGAGCUUCUGGAGACAUUAUUGCCGUGCAUCAAAAGGCAUUCUUAUGAAGAGAAACAAAAGCAAAUAAUAACUUUAUUCACCAGUCAGCAUAACUCAAGCUUCUCC